AUGAUGCACUUCGAAGAGUGUUUUAAAAGAAUAAAUGUUUUCUUGAAAUUAAUCGGUCUGAGUAUAGACAACGAUGACCAUAAUAAAACUAUGGUACAAAGAUUACGGAAACAUUGGAUGUGUUUCAUUCAUUUUUUUUCGUUCAACAUUUUGGUUUUGGGGGAAAUAAUAUGGCUGAUCCAAGGUUUAAUUUAUGGAGUUACAUUGUGGGAAAUUACAUACUUAACACCCUGCCUCACACUAUGUUUUCUUGGAAACUUUAAAGUUUACUUUUUUCUUCGUCACAUGCAUCAUGUUAGCGAGUUGGUCAAGGCUUUAAGACAGUUACACAGUUCUAUUAAGGAGACCGACGAAGGAAUGGCAGAUGAAGCGAAAAAAUGGCUGCUGUUUUUAACCUCAAUCUCGAACUUAAUUCUGUUGCUAUUUAUCUUAGGUGCAACCGCUUUUGCGUUAGGUCCAUUUGUGAUAUCUGGUUCACAUUAUUACACUACUGGUGAAAUAAAAUUAUUUGUACCUUUCCUCAUUUGGUAUCCUUUUGAUCCGUUUGAUAUAAGAAUUUGGCCUUUCGUAUAUCUUAAUCAACUUUGGGCAGCAUGGGUGGCUAUAUUCUCUGUCUACGGCCCCGACUGUUUCUUCUUCACAUGUUGUACUUUUAUUCAAAUUCAAUUUCUGAAACUGCAACAUGACAUGGAAACGAUGGUUAAAGAAGGUUCCAGAGAUCGAGAAGAGAGCACAAAGAAUACAUUUAAAGCAGAUCUGGUAGAUAUUGUCAACAAACACAGGGAGCUUAUGCGUUGUGUGGAUUUAUUAGAGACGAUUUUUUCAAAAUCCACUCUACUCAACGUUAUGACCAGCUCCUUAAUCAUUUGUGCAGCGGGCUUCAAUUUGAUGGCUAUCAAAAACCUCGCACUAAUGGCUCCAUUCACCUCAUUUCUCACAUUUGGUUUCAGCCAAAUAUUUUUCCAUUGCUAUUAUGGGGAUUACAUAAUGAGAUCUAGUAUGGGUGUAGGCGAUGCUGUUUACAACAGUCGUUGGUAUGAAACAGGAGCGGCCGAGAGGAAAUAUCUUUUGAUUGUUUUACUUCGAUCUCAAAAACCAUGCAGAUUAACAGCUUACGGGUUUACGGAUAUUAAUUUAAGGGCAUAUACUCGAAUUUUGAGUACAUCGUGGUCGUAUUUCGCUCUUCUGAAACAAAUGUAUAAUUAA